AUGUGGUGCUCCCAGCUGCAGCACGACAGGAGCUAUUCUGACAUAGGAUUUGAUCCCAAGGACUGUUACCUCUGUUCUGGUCUUGUGUGCAGUGUAAGAAAAGCAAUCAUGCCUUUCGGAAACACCCACAACAACUUCAAACUCAACUACAAAGUUGAGGAGGAGUUCCCCGACCUGUCCAAGCACAACAACCAUAUGGCCAAGGUCCUGACCAAGGAGCUGUAUGGCAAGCUUAGGGACAAGCAGACCCCCAGCGGCUACACUCUGGAUGAUGUUAUCCAGACUGGAGUUGAUAACCCAGGUCACCCCUUCAUCAUGACCGUCGGCUGCGUCGCUGGUGAUGAGGAGUCCUACACAGUCUUCAAGGAUCUGCUGGACCCCAUCAUCUCAGACCGUCAUGGUGGAUACAAGCCCGACGACAAACACAAGACCGACAUGAACUUCGAGAACCUGAAGGGUGGUGAUGACCUGGACCCCAACUAUGUUCUGUCCAGCCGUGUGCGUACUGGCCGCAGCAUCAAGGGCUUCACCCUGCCCCCCCACAACAGCCGUGGUGAGCGCAGGCUGAUUGAGAAGCUCUCUGUUGAGGCUCUGACCAGCCUGGACGGUGAGUUCAAGGGAAAGUACUACCCCCUCAAGUCCAUGACUGAUGCUGAGCAGGAGCAGCUCAUCAAUGACCACUUCUUGUUCGACAAACCCGUCUCCCCCCUGCUGACCUGCGCUGGUAUGGCCCGUGACUGGCCCGACGGCAGAGGCAUUUGGCACAAUGACGACAAGACCUUCCUGGUCUGGGUGAACGAGGAGGAUCACUUGCGUGUCAUCUCCAUGCAGAAGGGCGGCAACAUGAGGGAGGUCUUCAGACGUUUCUGCACUGGCCUGGCCAAGAUUGAGGAAAUCUUCAAGAAGCACAACCACGGCUUCAUGUGGAGCGAGCAUCUUGGCUACAUCUUGACCUGCCCCUCCAACCUGGGAACCGGCCUGCGUGGUGGUGUCCACGUCAAGCUGCCCAAGCUGAGCACACACCCCAAGUUCGAUGAGAUCCUCAACAGACUGCGUCUGCAGAAGCGUGGCACAGGUGGUGUGGACACUGCCUCCGUGGGUGGUGUGUUCGACAUCUCCAACGCUGACCGUCUUGGCUCCUCUGAGGUGGACCAGGUGCAGAUGGUGGUUGAUGGUGUGAAGCUCAUGGUGGAGAUGGAGAAGAAGCUGGAGAAGGGAGAGGCCAUCGACAGCAUGAUCCCCGCCCAGAAGUAA